GCACCCAGAGUCCCCCCAGAGACCACCAGUCCACAGACCAGACCUGGACUGUCCCCAAAACCACCACAGCAGCUCUGUAGUCCUGACACACACCAGACUACAGUACCCAUAAGUCCUGGGGGGAGGGGGGGAUGACAGGAAGUGUGAUGACAGGAAGCCUGUGGCCCCGCCCACCGCAGCUGCAGAAAAACAGGAAGAACAGAAAAGGGAAGUGGAUGUAGGUGGACCCACAUAGACUGAACCAGGACCAGGUCCGACAGAGCCCAGGAACCCACUGGACCAGGGACAGAAACUAUGGGUCAGGAACAAUCACAGGAAACACCUGAGAGUCCGUCAGACGCAGAGCCGCCUCCCCAGUUUGACUCCGCCCACAGUCCUCCGUCUGGAAGAGAGUCGAACUACCGCAGAGCGGCAUGGUGGGAUGUGAUGGGCAGCAGAACGGGACCACCGCCACCUGAACCUGGAACCGCAGCCAGAACCGUGUGGUACCAGAGCCAAGGCCUGGACCAGUGGGUGGACGGAGGCUCGGAGACAGAGGACAGGAAGUCCCGGUCGGUUUGGUACGAGGCCCAUCACACGGACACCGAACCGGUGGAGGCGGUCCCAACCAAACACAACCAACGGGAGUCCGGCUCCGACGAGGUUUCUGCAGGGAGUGUCCCACAGCUGGUGGAGCAGGGUCCUUGUGGUCCUCAGCUGCUGGAACAGGGUCCUGGUGGUCCUCAGCUGCUGGAACAGGGUCCUGGUGGUCCUCAGCUGCUGGAACAGGGUCCUGGUGGUCCUCAGCUGCUGGAACAGGGUCCCGGUGGUCCUCAGCUGGCUCCAGAUCCUACGCAGACCCAUGCCGUUGGAAUCCGGUCCACGCUGUCACAUGGGCACAGCACACAAAGACAGGAAGUCCACGGUUCAUGGCCAGAGGAGGAAGUGGGGGCAGAGGAGGAGGUCUGGAACACUGGGACGAGUUCAGAUAGAAAGAACUCUGAAACAUCGGAGAACCAAGAGGCAGAAGAAAAGCACGGCAACGACAAGAGAGGACUGAAGGGAAGGAAGAAGAGGAGGAAAAAGAGGGGUAAGAGAGGAGGUGUGGAGCGUAACCUCAGCUCCGGUUCCAGCCUCGAGUCUCCGAUCCACACAGAACCAGAACCAGCGACAGACCUGAAGCUCCAGGUACGAACAGAGGCAGAAGCCCAGGCUGAAACAGGAAAGGAAGGCGUCAAGGCUCCGACCCUACACCAGGACACCCAGGAGAACACCAUGCAUCUACCAGGACGCAUGGACCACCAGGACAGGGACCUUCAGGACCAGGACUGGGAUGGGACCAGCUACACCACUGUGGACUUUACAGAACUCCGUGGGACUUCAAAGGGCUCCUCAGUGGACCAUCAUCACCCUGAUGACCUGAACCCUGUCUUCAGCAUCUGUAAGGAACAGGAAGUGGACGUCAGACGGACAGAACAUGAGGAACGAACAAGGAGGGAAUUAUUGAACUUGAUACAAAUGGAAUUAAAAGAUCUCACCGGUUCUGUCGCACAAACAGAGCAUGAUACGAGUUCAGUGGAUUUAUUACAAAAGGACGGUGUUGUCGUCAGUGAAGCUGCUGCAUCUGUGGACCCAGCAGUGGAACCCAUUUGUCCAGAGGAACCUUCUGUCCAACAGUCAGAGCUCAAAGAAUUCCCAGCAGACUUGUUUCUUGUGGAAUUUCCUGGACCAAAAUUGCCGUUGAGUCAAACAGUUGAAUGUGUUUGUCUUUUGGGAAAACCUGCAGAUGUUCCAGAAUCUGAACAACCUUUAGGUUCUGGGGGAGGUUCAGACGCCACAGGAACUGGUUGUCUUCCAGUUGAAACUCCAGCAGAUGUUUCAGCACUUGAACUACGGGAAGGAAGUGUUGAGACAAGUGUGAGGGAAAAUCUGGGGCAUUGUUUAACCUUUGAGACACUGAGAGAGCAGGCAGUAAAAGAACAGCACGAAAAAAAGGAGGAAGUGGGGAAGGGAAACCGUUGGCAGAGGAGUGGGACAGGAAACGACGAGGCGCUAGCGUUUGGUGAAGAGGUGUCUUCCAGCCUUAGAAUGGAGGGGGAGGAGCUUCUUCUGACAGAGAAAGAGAACAAGGAGGACUUGGUUGCCACAGCGGUAGCGGUCGUAACGGUAGCGAUAGCCUCAGCUAUGGCUAACAUAGAACUGAGCCAGCAGUUAGCUAACAGUCACGUCAAGAGUCGAGCUGCCGGACCGUCUUCACAACGCAAUCCAAGUGAUCCAUGUGACGCUUUGAACCAGCUGGGAGACGAUUCAGUCUGCAGCGGUCAGUCCACAAGGGUCCUGAAUGCAGACCAAGACUACGACUGGAAUACAGGAACAGCUGAGACGCAAACCCAGGGUGACCCGGCACCGGCACUAACCCAGGGUGACCCGGCGCUAACAGCCAAACACCAACAUAGCACCGACAUGUCAGAGGCGGUGACGGAUGAACCCAACCACAACCUGUUAGAGACUGACGGCCCACCACCAGCACAGCUGAGGACCCAAGACCAGCCCCGGGUCCAAGAGGAAAGGCCAACUGAAAACGAUACCGAAGCUGUAGCAGAAGCUGCUGAACUGAAGCUAACAGCUGAAGCAGACGCAGACGGUGGACGUCCUCCAGACACAUUCAGCUCAGAACAGAAGGAGGUGGAAGCGGUAAGCAAUGAACUGUCGCAUUUUCAACACUCUACUGAAGGUGGGCGUGUCUAUGGGCGGAGUAGUUCCAAUGUGCCAAAAACAGAGCAAAGCCUGAGUCCUCUUUCAGGUUCUCAAACUGGAAAACAAAGCAGUUUACAGCUGGACGUCAACGUCCACACGCCAGGGACCAGGGACACGCCUGGGACCGGGGACACACCCGGGACUGGGGACGGGACCGGGGACACACCUGGGACCGGGGACAGGACCAGGGACACGCCUGGGAUCAGGGACAGGCCUGGGACCGGGGACAGGACCAGGGACAUGCCUGUGACCGGGGACAGGACCGGGGACACGCCCGGGACCGGGUAUGGGACCGGGGAAACACCUGGGACCGGGGACAGGACCAGGGACAUGCCUGUGACUGGGGACAGGACCGGGGACACGCCCGGGACCGGGUAUGGGACCGGGGAAACACCUGGGACCGGGGACAGGAUCAGGGACAUGCCUGGGACUGGGGACACACCUGGGACCGGGGACAGGACCGGGGACACACCUGGGACCGGGGACACACCUGGGACCAGGGACAGGUCUGGGACUGGGGACACGCCUGGGACCGGGGACAGGACCAAGGACACGCCUGGGACUGGAGACACACCUUGGACCGGGGACAUGCCUGGGACCGGGAACAGGUCUGGGACCGGGGACACACCUGGGACUGGGGACAUACCUGGGACUGGGGGCACGCCUGGGGCUGGGGACACGCCCUUUUGGCCCUUUUCUUGUGAUUCAACAUUUCCCAUCAGCCCCUGUGACUGUUCGCUGUUGGGUGGUUCAGGUCCGGAGGAUCUGAGUGUGUCCACAGACCUGGAGACAGGGUCCCAGGUGUCCCAGGUGUCCCAGUCCUUAGUGGACAUUAAAGUCCCUCUAGAUUGUGGAGGUCGUACCUGUGUGUCCACAGAGAGUUUGGACGUAAAGAAUCUGGUUCCAGUGGAAGGACGAAAGGAGAGAGAAAGAAAAAACACCAGAAAGGAGGAGGAGAAGAAGGAGGAAGAGGAGCAGGAGGAGAAGAAGGAGGAGGAGGAGCAGGAAGAGGAGAAGGAGAAGGAGGAGCAGGAGGAGAAGGAGGAGGAGAAGAAGGAGGAGCAGGAGGAGAAGAAGGAGGAGGAGGAGCAGGAGGAGGAGGAGGAGGACCCCUGUCAGUUGUGUCCUGUCAGCUCAGACCUUCAGUCUGCAGGUCCAGGUCCUCAUGUGAAGGACUGGGUCAGAGGGGGGGGUGAUGUCCAGGGGGGACACCCACCCACCCAAGGUCCUCCAUCAGUGGACACGUCCGGCCCUGGAGACAUGUGGAGCCCCCUGGUGUCCUGGAAGACUGAGAAAGAAGAAAGAGGAGGUGGACUGAAAGGAGGAGGAGAGGAGGAGAGGAAGGAGCAGCAGAUGGACCGCCCACUGUCCACGGCCAGCCCCCCAGCCUCUGCCCCCCCAGCCUCUGCCCCCCCAGCCCCUGUCCACUCGUUGUCCCCGUUCCGUCGUCACAGUUGGGAACCCAGCAGCAUCAGCACCUCUGCAGACACCAGCAUCAUUCAGCACAGUCCUCUGCAGACUCCGCCCCCUGUGGUGACCCAGUCCAACCCUCCACUCCACACGGGAAAGUACCGUUCAUCCUUCACUCGUCCAGUUGGUCCGUUUAUCCCAGGCUACAGUCUGGACGGUCUGGAGGCGGAGAGGGGCGUGGCUCCAGCCCCGUGUCCCCGCCUUAGUGACCAGGAGAGCGUGGCUUCGGGGAUGGAAGGACUGGAUCGGGGUUCGCUGGUGUCACUGACGGAGGAGGAACAGGAAGUAGACGACAGCGGCGUGGACAGAAACGCACGUCACCAGGUUGUGUCCAUGACAACCAGCUGUCCCGCCACCCUCCAUCACCAGACCCUCACCAAGUCCGUCUCCAUGGUAACCAUCAGCCACCGGGACGUGGAUGGUUCCAGUUCAUUCUUCAGUUCAUCUGGAUCUGUGGACUACAGUCUUUGUCAGGUGGAACCCUCUCCCUUGAGGAUCAACAGUGAAGGAAAAGGAGGAGGAGCCAAGAUCAGCCGACCAUUCAGCUUCCUCCGAAACAAGAUGAGCAAGAAAGGAAAAGAAAAGGAAAAAGAAAAGCAGAAGGACAGGAGGGACAACACAGACAGACGGACGUCCAACACUCAUGUCUUUGUCUCCACCCACUCGUCUCUGUCCACUUCCUGUCAUUGUUGUUCCAAACCUCUGACCAAUAAGGACACGUUCAUCUGUAACAACUGUGGGGUUCAAGUCCACAAGAACUGCAGAGAGAGAGGCAGUGUGUGUACGAGCAGCAGAGAAGAGUCGGCGGCUCCAGAUCCUGGAGGACCCCCGAGGCCCAGGUCAGCGGUCAACACCAGGAGUCAAUCCACAUCCUCCACCUCCUCUGGAUCAUCAGCAUCAGCCUCAUCACCACGGGAACGCUGGGCGACGGCCACACCCCCUGAUGACCAGUUCCAUGUGGAGACCGCCUUCCACCCCCCCAGUAACCUGUCCAAGAGCAUCUCCACCAGCAACAUCACAGGGUUGGACGAUGGGACCUUAAAGGGUCUGAAGUUCAGGUCUCAGUCCACCGACUCCCUGAACCAGAGCAGGAAAGGCCACGCCUCCAGCGAGUCGCUCACUGAUGAAGGUACAGACAUGAUGGACAGUCAGCUGAUGGGGGACUCUGAAUGGGACUUGAAGGACCCGGAGGACCUGAAGGACCUGGAGGACCUGAAGGACCUGGAGGCAGAUUCAUGGAGUUGCACCGUCGACAAGAAGUUCCUGAAAACACUGAAGAAAGAGGAAAUCAAAAGACAAGACGUCAUUUAUGAGUUGUUCCAGACAGAGUUCCACCAUGUCCGUACUCUGCAGAUCAUGUCUGAGGUUUAUUAUAAAGGAAUCCACAAAGAGCUGCAGCUGGACACACACACUGUGGACAAGAUCUUCCCUGUCCUUCAGGACCUGCUGGACACUCACUCAGACUUCUUGAACAAACUGUUGGAACAGAAGAGACAAACCAGCAGAGGAUUCAUCUGCAGCAUCGGAGCAGUACUGGUGCAGCAGUUUUCCGGCCGCAGCGCCGACCGGAUGAAGAAGGUUUACGGGAAGUUCUGCAGCCGCCACCAGCAGGCGGUGAACGUGUACAAGGAGCUGCACGCCAAAGACAAACGCUUCCAGGCCUUCGUCAAGACAACCAUGAGCAGCAGGAGUGUGCGCAGACUCAGUAUCCCAGAAUGCAUCCUGUUGGUCACCCAGAGGAUCACCAAGUACCCGGUCCUCAUCCACAGGAUCCUGCAGCACAGCACAGGUAACCCUGCCCACCACCCUGCCCACUGCCCCGCCCACCCUCCAACUGGGGCUGGACCAUCUGUCCUCAUCCAUACGCCAAAAAUAAAAGCCCAAACUGACCAUCAGCACGACCAACGCCAAAAAUAA